CAAUUGGUAUUCCAUGUAUUAGCGAGGAAGUUAAAAGUGUUCAAACCGGAACUAUCAUUGAGAAACUUGGCCUACCAAAAGACCAAGUAGUUAGACGAGGCAAAGGACAUGUCGAUCUGCUCAUCGGGAUUGAUCAUGCACACAUGCAUACCGGUCAAACAAAGCAAGCCGACCACCUAGUCGCCAGAAGAUCCCCAUUGGGAUGGGUCAUAUUUGGUUCAACAACGGGAGAAUUAAGCAACACAAUCACCACUGUCCUACAUGUAAAAUAUACAGCACCGGUUGAUCUGUCGGACUUUUGGAAGACCGAAACCAUGGGUGUGGAAGUUAAGCCUUGCACUUGUGAUGCAGAUAAGCUGAGCCAAAUGGAAAGAGAAGAAAAGCGAGUGAUAGAAGAGUCUACUCAAAAGAUUGGAAAUCAGUGGAUGAUUCCAUAUCCAUGCAAGAAAGACCAUCGGGACUUGCCAGACAAUAAGAAUCAAGCCAUGAAACGCCUGGAGUCAACGGAACGUCGGUUCCUGAGCAAGCUGCUGCGUAUAACAGUAAGAUGGUAGAGAUGAAAGAAAUGGACUUCUCUCGUAAGUUGUCAGAUGAAGAGAUACAAGAUUAUAAAGGACCAGUCCACUACAUCUCACACCAUGCCGUAUUAAGACCGGACAACACGAGCACCCCAGUCCGCAUCGUGUUUAAUUCAUCCUCUACGUACCAAGGACAUCGACUCAAUGACUAUUGGCAGAAGGGCCCAGAUCUUCUAAAUGGUCUAUUCGGAGUUAUUCUUCGGUUUAGAGAGAAUAAAGUUGCAAUCACUGCUGACAUAUCAAAGAUGUACCACAGAGUCCUCAUCCCCCUGGAAGACCAACAUGUACACCGAUUCCUUUGGAGGGAUUUAGAGAUCAAUCGACCACCGGACACUUAUGUCAUGAAUGUACUCACGUUUGGUGACAAGCCCGCACCAGCGAUGGCGCAAGUUGCGUUACGAAAAACGGCGGAAGAAGGAGAAUCGGAGAGUCCGAGAGCAGCACAAGUUAUAAGGGACAAUUCAUACAUGGAUGACAUCCUCGAUUCAGUUUCCACGAACCAAGAAGCCAGAGAGUUAACAACUGCGAUUGAUUGCAUCCUCGAGAAAGGCAGAUUCCAGGUAAAGGGAUGGCAGUCCAACGAAGAGCUGAACCAAACUAGCAACCAGAAAGAUGAAGAAGAGAUAAACGUUCCUCAAAGUAAACAAGACGCAAAAGUGCUCGGCGUAGUUUGGAAUAAUAAAGAUGAUGUGCUCAAGUACAAAGUGAAAGUCGAUGUGACCAUAACCCAAAAGUCAAAGCUCACUAAGAGAAGUAUCCUUAGCCAAGUCGCCCGAAUAUAUGACCUGAUAGGCUUCGCAGCACCGUAUCUGGUAAGGGCAAAGAUUGGUUUGCAAGAGUUAUGGCAGGAGGGACUUGACUGGGAUGAUGAACUGUCACCGAAUGCUCAAAGAAAGUGGCUAUCAUACAUGGACGAAAUGGAGCAGCUGAACAACAUAUCGUUAGAAAGAUGCAUAUGUCCAAUCGUCACCCGUGAACCACCAACCUUGUGCGUUUUUGCUGACGCUUCGAGCGGAGCCUUUGGGGCAUGUGCGUAUCUCAGAAGCGAAGACCCCACUGGAUCAGUUCAUGUUAGAUUCGUUGCAGCUAAAUCACGAGUAGCCCCAUUGAAGGAACUGACUAUUCCGCGGCUAGAACUUCAGGCAGCGGUGUUAGCCAGCAGGUUGUGCAAAACCAUAGAGAAAGAA